AUGGCAAACACUCCAGUGGUCAAACUUCUCUGGCAGUUAAUGGAAAUUCCGUCCGUUAGCGAGGAGGAGCACGAAAUUGGUGUCUUUCUUGCCCAGUAUCUGAAGUCCUUGAACUAUACCGUGGAACUUAUCCCAAUUGCACCAAACUCCGACCGUUGCAAUGUGUAUGCCUAUCUCGGCGACAGUCGCAAGGCACGUACCUUGCUCACCUCUCACAUGGACACAGUCCCGCCGCACAUUCCUUUCAGCAUCAAGGGAGACACCAUUUUUGGCCGCGGAGCUUGUGAUGACAAAGGCCCUUUAGCCGCCCAGAUCAUUGCUCUCGAAGAGCUACGGGCUGACGGUGCCACGAAAGCCGGAGAUGUGUCUCUGCUCUUCGUUGUGGGAGAGGAGAAAGGAGGCCCUGGAAUGCUUGCGGCCAAUGACAUGAACCUGACGUGGGAAGCCGUCAUCUUUGGAGAGCCGACGGAGGGCAAGCUGGCUACCGGUCACAAGGGACAUUACGUCUUCGAGCUCUUUGCGACUGUGUCAUUGUUGGAGGAACUUGGGACGCUUGAGCUUCCAACCUCUGAGCUGCUUGGGCCGACGACCUUUCACUGUGGAAAGAUCAAUGGCGGCGUGGCAUACAAUGUCCUCGCAGCCGAGGCCUCUGCUCUGUGCGGCAUUCGUGUCGCGGCUGGGUUGGCAAGCAUUGAGAAAAAGGUGUCUGAGGUAGUCAGAAAAUACCCCGACAUCACCUUGAAAAAGUCAUUCGCAUAUCCUGAAACUCUUCUCGAUCACCAGCUUCAAGGUAUUGUUACCAACAUGCCUGCCAAUCUCGCCGAAAUCCCGGCACUUCCAAGAGACGAGGCCUUUGCCAUCACAGCAGAUUUCAUAGCUGAUCGUGAUCCGAAAAAGGUCAGCUUGGGAGCAGGAGUCUACCGGGACGAGAAUUCGAAACCAUGGGUUCUACCAAGAUUCGAGCCCUUUUUGUCGGUAGCGAGACAACUCAUCUUGGGUCAAUAUGAUGACUCCCGGAGCCAUGUUGUAUCGGUACAAACAAUAUCAGGAACAGGUGCAAAUCACUUGGGAGCUGCAUUCUUGGCUGAGCAAUUGAAGCCCCGACACGUCUUCAUCUCCGACCCUACGUGGAGCAACCAUGGCCUGGUCUGGGAGGUUGCCGCACCUGGCGUCAUCCGAAAGACUUACCCUUAUUACAAAUCCUCAAAACGGUCAUUGGACUUUGAGGGCAUGGCAUCGACACUGGAACGAGAUGCGGAAGAAGGCGAUGUCAUCAUCCUGCACGCUUGCGCACAUAAUCCUACUGGCAUUGACCCGUCCAGGGAGCAGUGGCAGGCGCUCGCGGGGCUCUUUAAGCGCAAGAAGCUCUUCGCAUUUUUUGACUCGGCGUACCAAGGCUUUGCGACAGGGGACGUGGACGCAGAUGCUUGGGCCGUUCGACACUUUCAGCAAGUACUCUUUGACGCAGACGGUGUUUCUGAUACCCCCCAAGGCAUGUGCAUUGCGCAAUCAUUUGCUAAAAACUUUGGCCUAUACGGUGAGCGAGUUGGUGCUCUCCAUCUUGUUCUACCUGCGCGAACACCAGCUUUGGGGUCGCAAAGUCAGCUGCUCCGUCUCGUACGAGCAGAGAUGUCCAAUGCCCCGCUCUUUGGCUGUCGAAUUGUUCAUACUAUUCUCUCGGACCUGGAGCUAAGGACCAUGUGGGAGCAGGAUUUACAGACAAUGUCGGGCCGCAUCAAGCGAAUGAGAAGCUUAUUGAGAAACGAAAUAGAGAAGUAUCCGGAUGUGGGAGAUUGGAGCCAUUUGGAGUCACAGAUUGGCAUGUUCAGCUACACGGGAUUGAGUGAAGAGCAAGUAUUACGGCUGAGGGAGGUUCACCAUGUGUAUCUCAUGCUUAAUGGACGGGCCAGCCUGAGUGGUGUAAAUGACGGGAAUGUCAAGUCCAUAGCAGCCGCCAUAAGCGAUGUCAUCCGCUACCAGUCAUAA